GAUUAGAAUAAAAAAAUUUACAUACUUCAAAUAGUCGAAAGUUUAUGCUCAAUCACAUUUCAGCCGGGGUGGAUUAUCUGGAGAAGAGCAUGAUACUCCUUUGCUGAGAAACCUUCAGCGAAUCUCCAAGGGGGAAAUUUUUGGUAGAAGCUGGCGAAGAUUUACUCUGUACAGUAUUUACAAAGAAAUCUCCUGACAUGGAAGAUCAGCCUAAAAUAACCGGAAACCCGCCUGUAAUUCCGCCUGCUGUAAUUCCAAGUUCCGCAGUCACUACAAAUGCAACGGACAGUGGACAAGCUUUCAAUCCCUCAAGACUCAGGAAAUCGGAUCCUACGGUGAACACCAUGUACCAACUGAAGAAAACCGAUGGACUCGUGCAUCUCGGAGACCCACAACGCAAUGCCAAUAUCCCCUUCCAGACUAAUAACAAUAACAAACCCAAGGUACAGUCAUCGAUCAGUCGUCGUCGGCCAUCAAGUGCCAAAAGAGCACCUGAAUUAUCCAAGCCAAGUGCUCGGACUGAGCACACGGCAACAAUAGCCUCAGAAGCUACCAGAGCCCCAGAAAUGGAAUCUGAUCAGGUUGUUCGAGGUUGGUGGAAUGCUGAUGAAGAAAUGGCUGACGGUGAGAACGUCGUCGAGGCACAGCCGGAAAGAGUCGUUGACGACUUCCCCAAGCACCGUCGACACUUGAGGGCAUCUGGGGUGAAAGAUGAACUCAAGCUUCCUCCUGUGUCGGAACUGACUGUGUUGGAAAACCCGGAAACGUCAGCAGGCGGCAUGGACGAAUUUUUCGAUGUUCCACUUGAUGAUCGCGUUCUCGAGUCUCCCACCAAUGUGAGUGGCAGGAUGAGAGAACCCAGUAAACCUGGUCGAAAUGCCAAAAGACAAAAGCGACCCUCUUCGAAUAGAACCAGCAAUGCUGUUCGCUCCUUUUUGUCCAAGAGUGUGCCCAGUCCUUCCCAGGCUACGUCGAUGACGCGUGACACUGACGAAACAUUUGAAAGCAUCGAUAAAUGGCCAAAGUCUAGAGAUGGCAUGAUCAUUACCCCACGUUCGGUGGAUGUCGGUCCGAAGUUCGUGACGCUGAAAGAACGCAAAGGAAGGCCCUAUUGGGAGAAUUCCAGACAA